CUAGUUAUUAUUUUCUUCCAUACUCAGUCUGAAUAUCCUUUCAGUACAUAUAGCACUGCAUUUUUUUUUUUAACCAGUUCAAAUAGUCAAUUUCCCAAACUUUUGAGAAGCUUUGGGGGAAAAGAAGGACCAUCUUUAGAGAUGAUAUGGUGCAUUAUCUCAAGAUGUUCUGGUGUGAAGCAAAACCAGAAAUUGUCCAUUAAGGUCUUGUAAUUUCAUAGCCUCAUUCUUGCUCCUGAUGUUUUUCUUUUAAAGCUUUUCUUGAUGUUUUUUAAAAUGUUCAAAUUGUUCUGUGCUGCUUGAGCUAUAAAAAUGCUUGAGCCAUUUCCGGACUUUUUCAAAAUGACAUGUGAAACCGUAACCUUACUGACCUGACAUAUCUCUCAGACUUCUAUACUUCUGCUUACUUUAGUUCUACAGUUUCCUCCAACCCACAGCACUCAACCAUGCAGCAGCUCAACUCAUCCAACAGCUCGCUCAUCAUUCCUGUCUCUACUGAGAACCUGAUUACCAGUAGUGCGUUGGCAGUUUGCUUCAUACUGGGAGUCCCUGGUAAUAUUGCUGUAAUGGUGCGUCUGUCUGGAUGGCUGAAGAGAGGCAGUUUCACUCCAAGACUGAUGCUAAGCCUGGCCAUAUCAGAUCUACUCACUCUGAUUUCUCUGCCACUUUGGAUUUGGGCUCAUCUGCAUGGCUUUGUGUUUGGCUUGGUCUUGUGUAAGCUUCUCGCUUACAUGAUCUACUUAAGCUUCUACUGCAGCGUACUGUGUGUGGUGUUGAUGAGCAUGCAGCGAUACAUCCAAGUGCUGCAUCCUGAGAAAUGGAAGAAGCUUGGCAGAAAAGGAAAGAGGAUCCUUUUGAGUGGGAUGUGGAUGUUAAGUGCAAUUUUUUCUUGCUAUGCUCUUGUACAGCGCAAUCUAAGCUUGGACAUAAAAGAACGUCUUCAUUGCAGGCUAAGAUAUCAGAAUAAGGCUGAAAGAGUGGCUACUUUAACCUGGCAGAUUAUAAUAUUUGUGGCUUCAUUCACCAUUGUAUCUUAUUUCUACUUUCACCUUCACAGAGGAGUUAAUAACUCAGCUUUCUUCAGCAGUAACUCAUUGACCAAGCUGGUGACCAGAAUUGUGGUGUGUUUUUUUAUUUUUUGGAUCCCGGGUCAAAUCUCCAACAUUGUGAUCAUCAUUGCUGCAUUGACUGGGAAUGACAGUCUGUUAAGAUCUGCAGUAUCUGUAGAUAAUAUUGUUGCAGCUCUGGCUUUUAUUAACAGUUGUGUGAACCCCUUCCUGUAUGCUUUCUCUGCUCGGGCUUUUCAACAGGGAACAGCUGGUACAGAUGAUCCUUAGUUUCUUGGAGAUAUAGAGGUUUGAGAGAGAAUAUUUAUUUGCAACUUUAAUAUUUUUUCAAAUUAAUUUAAUCAAUUUAAAGUGAGUCUGUAUGAUUUUUGAAACUUUAUAUCUACCUAAUACAUUUACACCAAUAGCAUAAUUGCUUGAAACAAAGAAGUUAGUCUUAAAUUACAGUUCUUUUCACUGUUUGUAUUGCGUUAAAAAAACAGCAAAAAGAAAAACAAGCUCAACACCGAUGUAUCCUAAGUCUGUACCCUAGUGAACAAGUGUUAAUGUAUUCAUUGCUGAAGACUUCAAAGUACUUUUGUACAUUGCUCAGGAUAAGUGCAUCUGGCAAAUGUUUUGAAUGUAAAUUUGUAAAGUGACAAAUGUUAAUCAGUCAAAAAUGUGCUUAUCAAUAUUAGCAACAUUCAUUAUAAGAAUAGUUUUGAGUUUGUUAGAUUUUUUGUGUCUCUGCUUUACAUUGCUGAUUUUAUAUAUAGUUUUGGUUGAAACUAAGGGUGCUUUCAUACCUGCCUUGUUUAGUUCGGUUGAAUCGUACCAGAGUUCGAUUGCUCAUUUGGUGUGGUUCAUUUGGGCAGGUGAGAACGCAGCAAUCGAAAAGCGGACCAAACAAGUGUACCGAGACCUCCUU